AUGCAAGAGCCGCCUUCCGCUGGUCUCUGCCCCGCAAUGCCUUCUGGGAGCAGUAGUCCUUCAGAGCAAAGCCCUAGUCCUGUCCUGUCACCCGGGCGCAUGCGCGCGGCCGCGGUGCACCUCGGGAGCCGUAGUUCUGCUGAGGAGGCGGACUUGUCUGAGGCGCGUCCUGCUUCCCGGGAAUUCUUGAAUUGGCUGAUCGGCGAGGAAAGGAAAAAAGAAGGAAGGAAAGACCAAGGCUUUUGCUUUCAAGGAGCAGCAGGAGGAAGGAUGAAGAGAAAAGGAAGAGGGGAAAGGGAGAAGGAGGCCAAGAAACGGAAGCUCCUUGAUGAACUUGGAGAAAGCCAACUUCCAUAUUUGACGCCUGAAGAUGAUGGCUUCCAUCAACUGUGGAAGACAAAAUACUCCAAACUCAUCCUCAAAAAUGCUGAGAUGAUCCCCAAAGAGGUCCAUAAAGGAGUUCAAGAGGCCUUUUUGACUCUCCGAAAGCAUGCUUGCUUCUUUCAAGAUCUCGUAAGGAUCAAAGGGAAAGAUUUUUUUACCCCAGUAUCUCGUAUAUUAAUUGGAAACCCUGGAUGUACUUACAAAUAUUUGAACACAAGGUUAUUUACGGUCCCGUGGCCUGUGGAAGGUUAUGAAAUAAAUUAUUCCCAUCCAGAAAUAUCCAAGGCUUGUAAGGCAUUAAUCAAACUUAAUGACUAUUUGCAUGGAGAAACUGUCCUGGCUUUGCGAGAGCAGAGUUUGGCCGAGACAAAAGAAAGGGAAGAUCCUCCUGUCACCGAUAGCCAUCGGGAUUAUGUGCCUCCCAUUACAGGGACAGGGCCCUUUCUGCAAGAUCAAAGCCCUUCUCGUGUCCCGAAGAAUGACUGCGCCAAUCUGAAAGGGAGAACGUCUUACAACCUGACGUUAUUAAAUUAUAUGGAUCCACAACAAAUACCGUUCUUGAAACAGGAGCCUUAUUACGGAAUGGGGAAAAUGGCAGUGAGCUGGCAUCAUGAUGAAAAUCUGGUGGAAAGGUCAACAGUGGCUGUCUACAGCUAUUGCUGUGAAGAAUCCACGGUUGAUAAGCUUGAGACAGAAGCUUCAAAUGGCAGAGACCCAGCCAUCUGGCAUGUUGCCUUGAAAGUUGCUUGGGAUAUAAAGACUCCAGGAUUGGCAAUACCGCUUCACCAGGGAGACUGCUACUUUAUGCUCGAUGAUUUGAAUAUGACCCACCAGCACUGUGUCCUGGCUGGCCAACAGCCCAGAUUCAGCUCUACCCAUAGGGUGGCAGAGUGCUCACAAGGGACUCUGACGUAUAUUAUGGGACGAUGUGAUGCAGUACUUGAGAACGUGCAUACUGAUGCUGAGUUGAGAUGCCCAUCCUUGAAAUCACUGGAUAUCAGCGAUAUAAAGAGAACAGGAGAAACACAUAAUGAGGUUGAGUUCGAAUGGCUACGGCAAUUUUGGUUCCAGGGUAAACGUUAUCGAAAGUGCACCAACUGGUGGGAUGAGCCGAUGGCAGCUCUAGAAGAAAAAUGGAGAAAGAUGGAGUUAAAGACAAGCCUACUGCUCUGUGAAUUCCGAAAAGAAGAGCAGAUGGAGGAACAAAGAAAGGAACACGUCGGCUGCCUCUUGCCCCUCCUUGUAGAACGUCAGGAGCUGCGCCAGGAAUGGCUCACAAGGUGCAAUUCACAACUUGCGGACAGUUUACCAGAAGGCGAGAAGCCCGAAUGCCAUCCUUACUGGGAAGAUGAUGAUGCCAGCAUGCCACUACCAUUCAACUUAGAAGUCAUAAUCGCUGAGUUACAGAAUCUGUUGGAAAGCUAGAAUUGUGUUCAUCAUAAAGUGACAGAUUUUUGUAUUGUUUUCUCAAAUGUAGAUCUCUAGGCAUCCCAGUGGAGUAGUGAAUCUGUUCCAGGUUUUGGCUUGAAUGUUAAAGAAGAUAAACCUAUUUAAGAACUACAGUUCAGUACAGAUAACACAGUAUAAACCUGAAGAGGAAUUACUUCUCUAGUGUUUUGUACUGGCUUCAUUGUCUCUUUUUAACAAAAGUACAACUGUUAGAUUAACUAAUAUUCUGGUGGUAUAAUUGAUUAAGAAUGUAAUCACAUUGUAGGUAAAAGAACAUGAAAGCAACAUCACCUGUGGUUUGUUUUGAAGUUGGAAAAGCAGACAAUGCCGUGCUGUUUCAAAUUGCCUGUGCAAAAUAAAGGACCACGUACAAACUGUU